AUGUCGGAACAAAAGGAAGUUGUCGACUACUCUUUGAGUAACCCCGACACCCUCACCAAGUACAAGACCGCUGCUCAGAUCUCCGAGAAGGUCUUGGCCGAGGUGUCUAAGCUUGUCGUCCCCGGCGCCAAGAUCGUCGACAUCUGCCAGCAGGGCGACAAGUUGAUCGAGGAGGAGGUCGCUAAGGUCUACCGAGGCAAGAAGGUCACCAAGGGCUUUUCUCACCCCACCACCGUCUCCCCUGCGUCCUACGUCACUCCCUACACCCCUCUCACCUCCGAUGAGAGCGAGGCUAGUAUCGAGAUCAAGGAGGGCGAGCCCAUCAAGAUCCAGCUCGGCGCCCAGAUCGAUGGCUUCGGUUCCAUUGUUUGCGACACCGUCAUCGCCACCACCCCCGAGAAGGCUGGCGAGCCCAUCACCGGCCGCCAGGCCGACCUGAUGCUGGCCACUCACUAUGCCAAUGAGCUUCUUCUGAGGUUGAUGGUGCCCCCUGGCCUCCUGGCCCAGGGCACCGAGGAGGAGAAGGCCAAGGCCGCCGCCCAGAAGGCCCCUACACAGUCCAAGAUCACCAGCCUCCUCGAGAAGGUGACCAGCGCCUAUGACGUCAACAUUGUCGAGAGCACCACCUCGUGGCUGUUCGACCGCAACGAGAUUGAGGGUACGAAGAAGAUUGUGCUUGCUCCCGCUGAGGGCACCAAGGGUGAUGGCGUCCCCGAGGCCGGUGAGGUCUGGGGUGUCGAGAUUGGCGUCAGCACUGGCUCUGGCAAGAUCAAGUCCAUCGAUCAGCGUGCCACCCUCCACCGCCGCACGAACCAGACCUACGGUCUGAAGCGACCUACUUCUCGCAAGAUCCUCUCCGAGGUCCAGAAGAAGUUCGGAACCUUCCCCUUCAGUUUGAGGCAGCUAGAGGACGAGCGUGAUGCCAAGUCUGGUGUCGUCGAGUGUGUCCGAGGCAACGUCUUCCGCCAGUACGAGCUGGUCGGCGACAAGGACAACGGCGAGGUCGCUAGAUAUCUCACUACCUUUGCCAUCACCAAGAACGGCAUCACCAAGCUGGGUGCCCCCCCUGCGCUUGACCUGAGUAAAUUCCAGUCCGACAAGAAGAUUGAGGACGAGGAGGUACUCAAGAUUUUGGAGCAGCCCCUGUCCCGAAACACGGGUAACAAGAAGAACAAGAACAAGAAGAAGGCCACCAAGAAGGAGGGCGAGGCGUAA